GAAUCCAGUGGAAAGAGAGGGAUAAAGGAAAUACUGAAACGCGUGGAGUGAAGUUCUUGGAGGAAUAACGCGGAGGGAAUAAGCGUCUGUUCAUGUGAUUCGUGUUUAUAGUUUCACUUUUACGCGUCACAGCUGUUUUUUUUUUCUGCCUUCAGCAGCGGCGGCAACAACGGAGGCGCUGAAAACCGACAAAAACUCCAACAACAACAACAACAACAGCAGCAGCAGAUCACCGGCUGAAACCACUGACAGCUUACUGGAACUUCCUGUAAUCGGUCUGAAAAGUCCAGAAAAAGUUUUGACGCCAGAAACGAACUGAACCACGGUAUUCGUCGUUUGGUCCGGAUCGUGGUCCAGGAGAGGUUUCACACUUGUAAUUUUGGUUGGGAUCAAACUGAAAAGUCCUAAAGUCUACCAAACGAGGACUUGUUUCCAGUAGAUUAUGCAAUAGAGGGAUCAGCUGGAUCAUCACAUUCAUCAUCGGUGUCACCAUCAUAUGGUAGAUUGCCUCAUGAUGGCUUCCUCUCCCGGGCUGGAUGCCGACCCACUGCCCCUGCUUCAGCUCCAGGAGGUGGACUCCAGCAAAGCCUCAGAGAGGCUGAACUCCCCGGGACUCCUGCCCGGCAUGUACAGCCCUCCUAUGGGCAUGGACAACCACGCCGUCUGCAUUCCCUCUCCGUACACCGACAAUAGCCACGAGUACAACCACGGACACGGACCUCUGACCUUCUACAGCCCGUCAGUGCUGAGCUAUGCCCGACCGCCCAUCACUGACAGUCCGUCAUCUCUGUGCCAAUCCCUCAGCCCCUUGUGGCCGUCCCAAAACCACCCCAACGUGCCCUCGCUCACCCUCCGCUGUCCUCAGCCUCUCGUCUACAACGAACCCAACACGCACGCAGCCUGGCUGGAGCCCAAAACCCCCAGCAUCAACACCAGCAGUUCCAUCGUCAGCUGUAACAAGCUGAUGGGGAAGAGAUCAGAGGAAGGAAUGGAAGUCGUGAACUCCUCGUGUUCAUCCGUGGUAGGGAAAGCCGACAUGCACUUCUGCGCCGUGUGCCACGACUACGCCUCCGGGUACCACUACGGCGUGUGGUCCUGCGAGGGAUGCAAGGCUUUUUUCAAGAGGAGUAUCCAAGGACACAAUGACUACAUCUGCCCCGCCACGAACCAGUGCACUAUUGACAAGAACCGGCGUAAAAGCUGCCAGGCCUGUCGCCUACGCAAAUGCUAUGAAGUGGGAAUGAUGAAGUGUGGUGUGAGGCGUGAACGCUGCAGCUACCGAGGAACCCGGCACCGCCGCGGUGGAUUUCACUCCCGGGAUCCCACAGGCAAGGGUAUGGUCAGGGUGGGGCUCGGUGCUCGGGCCCAGCGGCAUCUCCACCUGGAGGUUCCCCUCGCUCCGCUCCUUCGGUCGAACCAAAUGCGCAACUCGGCCAUGAGCCCCGAGGAGUUCAUCUCCCGCAUCAUGGACGCCGAGCCUCCGGAGAUUUACCUCAUGGAGGAUCUGAAGAAGCCCUUCACCGAAGCCACCAUGAUGAUGUCCCUCACCAGCCUGGCUGACAAGGAGCUGGUCUUCAUGAUCAGCUGGGCCAAAAAGAUUCCAGGCUUUGUAGAGCUGAAUCUAGCAGACCAGAUCCACCUGCUGAAGUGCUGCUGGCUGGAGGUCCUGAUGCUGGGUCUGAUCUGGAGGUCAGUGGAUCAUCCUGGAAAACUCAUCUUCUCUCCAGACUUCAAACUCAACAGGGAUGAGGGACAGUGCGUGGAGGGCAUCGUGGAGAUUUUCGACAUGCUGCUGGCAGCCACUUCUCGGUUUCGCGAGCUGAAGCUGCAGAGGGAGGAGUACGUCUGUCUCAAGGCCAUGAUCCUCCUCAACUCCAAUUUGUGUACGAACUCCCCGCAGACAGCCGAGGAGCUGGAGAGCAGGAACAAAAUGCUGCGUCUGCUGGACUCGGUGAUUGAUGCUCUUGUGUGGGUGAUUUCCAAAAUGGGCCUGACGACCCAGCAGCAGACUCUGCGCCUUGGACACCUCACCAUGCUGCUCUCCCACAUCCGCCAUGUCAGUAACAAAGGCAUGGACCAUCUGUCCACCAUGAAGAGGAAGAACGUGGUGCUGGUGUACGACCUCCUCCUGGAGAUGCUGGAGGCCAACACGUCCAGCAGCAGCAGUCACACGUCUGCGUCCUCGCUGAGCUCUGACACCGUCUCCGAGGAGCACCAGUACCCCCAACCCCCUCCCCACCCGCAGCCCGGCGCAAACCAGACCACCGCUGACCACGCCGCCGUGCUUCCGCACGGACCAGCUGAUCCAGCUCUGAUCAUGGACAGACACCUGCAGGCUUCGGCCCUCCAGUCCACACCUCCACCGAGUUUCGUGGUGGCUCACAUGGCUUUGGAGAGCAAUGAUUACAUCCAUCCUGAGCCGUGGUCACUGGAUUCAGGAGAUGCGGGUCUUGCGGAGGAAGUGAGGGACUACGUCAUCGCUGAAGGAGUUGUCAUGGACACCACCUUAGAGGGGUGACUGGACUGUAAAGAGACAAACGGAGACUGAACAACUUUCCACCACGAAAGAUGGAGAAAAGGAAACAAACAAACAAAAAAAAGGAUAAAAAAAACAAAAAAACAAAGUGCUGUUGUGAGGUAAAAGUUUUUUUCUCUUGUUGAGAUGUUUUUAGUCUUUGCGUAUAAAAAAAAAAGAAGCAGUUUUUGAUUGAAUGUAUAUUUUGUGUGCGUAAAUAUUUCUUGUGAAUGUGCACUACAGUAGGUGUUCAUGAGAACAUCGCUAAACUCUGCCAGUCGGUUUGUGCUCUUUUUUGAUAUACAGUAUUUGUAUCUUUUUUUUUCCACCUUGGUGUUAUAUCCAGAACAAGCCAUCUACAAACCACCUGCAGUGACUUACAGAAACAUGCAUGUGGUCAACAGUUAACAUCCAUUUCCAUUAAUACAGCUGUAAAAGGGCAGUGUUUUCUAUCACACUGGUGUUUUUUUUUUCUUCUUCUUCACUACUAUUGUGUACUUUGAUGUUUUAAUCGGUGCCUGUUCAUCCAGGAUUUUUCUACUCUCCUUUGUACAAAGUCAGUCAAGUCAAGAAGCAGAAGUAGAAGUGGCCUUUUCACAAAAUGACUGUUAAAAUAGCUUUUUUCUCUGUUCAUCUGGCUAAACUAAGUCUGGAUUUACACUUUAUGAUAUGUGGCACAGAUCUGUUCUUUUUACUGGAACACGAGUAAACCACGUUUCAUUGAAUUAAACACUUAAGCACCAGCAAAACAGUCCAAAUAACAACAUUUUUAACAUUUAUGUAAACUAAACAUAGCACAAAAAGUAAGGAAAUUUGUGUUUGG